GGCAUCAACUUCACCGGCAGCGUCCCGACGUUCAAGCGUCUGUGGAAGCAGGUGGCUCAGAACCUGGACACCUACAGGACGUUUCCCCGGCUGGCCGGAGAGUGCGGCGGGAAAAACUUCCACUUUGUCCACAAGUCAGCGGACGUGGACAGCGUGGUGAAGGGCACGAUCCGCUCGGCCUUCGAGUACGGAGGACAGAAGUGUUCGGCCUGCUCCAGGAUGUACGUCCCCGACAGCUUGUGGCCGCAGAUCAGAGGUCAGCUGCUCGACAUCCACCGCCAGGUCACCGUGGGAGACCCCGUCGAGGACUUUAACUCGUUCUUCUCGGCUGUCAUCGAUGACAAGUCGUUUGCUCGGAUAAAGAAGUGGCUCGAUCACGCCAAAUCCUCGCCCGGCCUGAAGGUCAUCGCCGGGGGAAACUGUGACGACACGAAGGGCUACUUCGUGGAGCCGACCAUCAUCGAGACCAGUGACCCUCGGGACGCCAUCAUGAACGAGGAGAUCUUCGGGCCCGUCCUCUCCGUCUACGUUUACCCGGAGAACCAGUGGAAGCAGGUGCUGCAGCUGAUCGACAGCACGUCUCCGUACGCUCUGACCGGAGCCGUCUUCGCUCAGGACAAGUGAGAUACGCUCCUCUGCACACUGACACGUGUGCAGGAUGACUCGGACCUGGACCUGCUGAGUCCAUCAGCGGUCUGAGGCUCCGUCUGCACAUGUUUUUAACCCGUUAAAAAUUAAACAAUCUGUGUUCACACGCAAAAACAACUCAAAAUGCUUGCCGACGUUAGCCAUCUUCAUCCGUCUUCAGCCGUCUUCAUCAGUCUUCAGCCAUCUUCAUCCGUCUUCAGCCGUCUUCAUCAG